ACCCCUCGACGCCGGGUCCGGGAUCCGCCGCAUUCUCCUGCCAUCGAAGAGACAAGCUCGGGGUCCAUGACUCCAGCGUCAGAGAGAGUUUGGGUAUGGGCAUCGGAAACACCAAGCGCAUCUGGAUAGUGAAAAAGCUCGGAGCAUGCAAGCGCUAGUCAUCGUCGAGGACAGAGGAAGGCUGAAGAGGGCGCGAUUAGUGGAGGGCAGCCGGGAUUCAGGUCGAGCACGUUAGCGUGUGCAGUGAUGAUGAGGAGCGGCAGCCAAUUUAGGUCGAACGUGCGGGGCUGCGGGUGAAUAGAGGGCGAAUCGAGGCUGUUCCGUGGGCAGAUGCUCCGAUGCUCCGAUGCUCUCGGUCCAGGCUCCCGCGAAAGAGGAAGCGGGGCAGCGGAUGUACGUGACCAUACAGUGAAUGUCAUUCUGUCACACAGUGGUCCAUCGGUGCUCGAGCUCCAUUUGGCAGGCUAGAGACACCGCCACAGCGCUCGCUGCUGUGACAGCAGGUGUUGACUCACCGCUACGGCUUCUCGCCUCGCCUCGCCUCGCCUCGCCCGCUCGCUCGCUUGCUCGUCCGCUUGCUUCCAGUUGGCAGUUGGCACCACCUUCUUCUCUCUCUGCGCUCUCGGCCGCUGGCACGAGGUCGGACGACGAGCGUGCCGAGAAAGAGGGUUCUUGCCCACACACAGCGCAGGGCCUCCUUGCCUCCGGAUCGUCGACCUCGAGCGCCUCCUUCGAUCGAGUGCCCCCGUCGGGCUCUCAUUCAAAAGCAUUAUUCCAUGUCCUGACAAAGCCAAUCCAUGCCGAGUCGAGUCGGUUCUCAGACAGAGAGGCAAUUUUCUUCGCUUUCGACCGCUCGUCCACCUCCUCAUUUCCCUCGUCCUAGCACGAGCACAAGCACGAGCACGAAGACGAAGACGAGUCGUCGUUCUUCGGGCUCCCUUCUUCUCACGGCCAGCACCUGCUCUGCAAUUGCCUGCAGGUUCUUACCUUCGUCGGCCGAUUCGUGAAGGUCCGUCGACUAGAUUCGUCGACAAGAACCGAGUGUCCAGGCGGAUUCGUGAAGGUGCAUCGACAAGAAUCGAUUGAUUAGGGGGAUUGGUGGAGGCGCAUCGACGACAGAAUUGAGUGAAGGGUGAGCAAGAAGAGGGGAGGCGAUGGCGAGGAGCGGAGGGUGGACGGCGCUGGUGGUGGGGGGGACGGGGGCGAUCGGGAAGCACGUGGUGGCGGAGGCGGUGCGGAACGAGAAGUUCGCGGCGGUGACGGUGAUCGGGCGGCGCGAGAUCGAGUUUCCGGCCGAGGUGCGGCCGACGGAGUCGCAGCUGAAGAAGCUGAACUACAAGGCGGUGGGCGACCUGGCGGAGAUGGACGAGUGGGAGGCGUCGGAGCUGACGCCGGCGCAGUACGACGUGGCCUUCUGCUGCCUGGGCACCACGCGCAAGGACGCCGGGUCGGCCGAGGCGUUCCGCCACAUCGACCUGGACGGCGUGGUCAGCUUCGCGCGCCUGGCCAAGAAGGCGCAGGUCGAGCACCUGCAGCUGGUGUCGAGCAUGGGCGCCAACCGGCUCUCGUUCUUCCCCUACCUCAAGACCAAGGGCGAGGCCGAGGACGCCGUGCGCGCCCUCGGCUUCAAGCAGUACAGCAUCUUCCGCCCGCCGCUGCUCGACCGCGGCCUCGAGUCGCGCACCGUCGAGAAGGUUCUCAAGGCCGUGCUGCCCUCGCUCAAGGUGCACGACGUGGCCCUGGCCAUGGUCCGCCAGGCCGAGCUCGUGCUGCAGGCCGACAGCAAGGGCGAGGAGAUCCUCGCCCCCAAGGACAUCAAGAAAUUGUACCAGCGCGACGCCGUCCCCGUUCCCGAAUGACGGACAUGCCGAUUGCCAGGAGCGAGCGAGCGAUAGAGAGAGCGACUUGAGAGGUUUCUUCGAUCGAAAGUUGAGUGAAAGUCGAUUCUUCCAGCCAUUCAGCCAAUCAGCCAAUCAGCCAAUCAGCCAGCUAGAGAGCCAGAGAGCGAGGGAGCGAGGAGCGAGCGAGGGAGCCUGCGUCUGGCAUCGUGCCUGCGCAGGAUUCAGAAUGAGCCUUAGAAGUAUUUAGAUCUUGCUAUGUAGAUCUCACAAAAAGUGUAAAGUAUUACGAUGUAAUGGUUCUCCACAAUGUAUAAUACGAUGAGUUUGUAGGCGCUUGCCGAGUUCAUGCGGUGCGCCUUUGUGUUCGAU